AUGGACAGUACUAAUUUAGCUAUCGAGAAGCACGCUUUUGAGCUGUACACACAUGCAAUUUUCACAAAGGUAAGAAAAGAGAUAUACAAGGGGAAGUUGUUUUGUUACAUUCUAAACACGGAGGAUUGUGAUGAUGUUCGUGUUUACUAUGUGAAUCAGUUGGACAAGCGAAGCAGUGCAACCAACACAUUCACGGUUAAACUUGAGUUGAGAAAUCAGUCGGUCUCUUGUUCAUGCAACAACUUCAUCCGUAUUGGAUAUCUGUGUAGGCACAUCUUUUGUGUUUACCGGGUAAACAAUAUUGAAAAAAUCCCUGCCCAGUUUGUUGUUAAGCGUUGGACUAGGGAUGUGCUUCCCAAAAGUAUAUUUUCUAUUGAGCGUCGAUACGGCGUUGACACCCGUCCACAAGCUGCUGCGAGAAGUCAGAUUCUUGAGAUUGUAACCGAAUGCGUAGACGCAUUAAGAAGUGAUGUUGGAGGACUUUCUACUUUCGCUGAGCAGAUAAAGGAACUGAAAUCCAAGUUACUAAAUGAAGGACCAGUUGAUGACGAAGCCAAGAAUGAUAACUAUGUUGCUGUUGAAGAAUUGCUUGGUGUUUCUUUAGAUGGGGACGUAACUCUCAACAAUCCAGAUGGGAUCAGGAGGAUGCGGCAAACGUCGACGAUUGUCUAGAGCAUCGCAGGAUGGAACGAGCAACUCUGCUGUUAAACCUCCCAAAACACCAAGGCUUUGCCGAACAUGUAUGAAGUACGUGACUGGGCAUGAUUCAAGAAAUUGCAAGAAAAAGAAGAAGAAUAAAUCGGGUAACGAGGAUGUGGACUCAAGCUCUGCGAGUUAGGAGUCCACUUGAUUUGGUAUUUAUUUUGAUGUGUGUGCUGUGCGUGUUUUGAAAACUUGUAUGACGCCAGCUUUUUGGUCUCCAUUUUUGUGGAGCGGAACUAAACUUUGAUCAUCCUUUUGUAUUUUUUGGGCUGCCUUUUUGUAGAUGCACAUGUUUGCAUGUGUAGAUUAUCUGAAAAUGGAUGCACAUGCAUAUGUUUUCAUGUUAGGAUGU